AGCCCAGCACCUCUAUCCCUCACACACUUCUCCCGACGCCUUCUCCUCCACGGGCCCCUCCACACCACAGACAUGGCCUGCUACGACCUCUGCCGCCCCUGCGGACCCACCCCGCUGGCUAACAGCUGCAACGAGCCCUGUGUCCAGCAGUGCCAGGACUCCCGCGUCGUCAUCCAGCCUCCCGCCGUGGUGGUCACCCUGCCAGGACCCAUCCUCAGCUCCUUCCCCCAGAACACCGCCGUCGGAUCCUCCUCAUCGGCCGCCGUGGGCAACAUCCUCAGCUCCCAGGGAGUGCCCGUCUCCUCCGGUGGCUUCGGCUUCGGAGGCCUGGGCGGCUACGGCUUCGGAGGCCUGGGCUGCUUCGGCGGCAGAAGAGGCUGCUACCCCUGCUAA